AUGAAUAGCACACUGACACAGCCAUUGAAUGCGACAGAACCACUCAAGUUCACUUAUCCUCUGUCGUCUUUGUUGGUUGAAAUUAUUUUUUUCAGUGCCAGCAUCUCUCUAGUACUACCCGGUAGUUAUCUUUGCAAAUUUGUGAGACAUGCGUCAGGCCAUUUACUCAAACCGACUCAGCUAACCCAUCACGCCAGAAAAAUGUCGGAAGUCCCCGCCCGCAUGGGAGAAUACGAGGUCGUGGCCCCUGGGGCCAAUCCCCCGUCGCCUCCCUCCGCUGCCCCCGCUGCCCGAAAAAAGGGCAAGAAAUAUGCUGCCAAGAGGCAGCAGCAGAGGUCUACAUGCCACAAUUGUGGCCAAUUGGGGCAUUAUGCCCGGGAUUGUCGGCUCCCCCGCCGACCCGCCGCCGCCGCGCCGUUUUACGCCGGCGUUGUUAACUAUAAUUAUUUCAGCGGCACAGCUGUUAUUCACGGGCCCUCGGGCACAAUGCCGCCCUUUGGUGGCCCACCAGCCAAUGGAAAUGGUGGGGUCAAGAAGAACAAGAAGAAGAAGAAGGCCAAGGCCGAGAAGGCCGAAAUGGCCAAGAAGGCCGAGGAGGAGGAGGACAAGAAGAAGGUCAAGAGGGAGGAGGGGGAGGAGGCGACGGGGCAAUUUUUUUAG